UCUGCCUCAUGUUUGGCUGUGGGUCUCCGCAUCUGCUUCCAUCAGUUGCCGGAUGAAGCCUCUCCCAAUUACUCUGCAAUUCAAGCCUCUAUUUAAGAAAUGCCUGCUUUUGUGCCCCAAGCUCACAAGUAAUUUUAUGUAUAAAACAGAACCUGAAGGUGGAGCCAGCCAGGUUGUCUCAGCCAUUUGUCCUCAGUGAAACAGGUCUGUGGGCUUGUGCCUCCAUGGCUCAUUCAGAGCUUGAACCCAAGUAAAAGUGCUGUGGAGAAAAUGGUAAUGACUCUUUGGGAUAGCUGUUGCAACAUGACCCGAGACAGAGAACCUGUUCUGGGAAGUUUUCAUUUUCUUUGCAUCCUGGCCUUCAUAGUCAGAAGCAUGAUCCAGUUCUCUGAGGCACUUGAGUUCGUGGUAGACUAUUCAAACAGGAACCUUACUCAUGUCCCCAAAGACCUGCCACCAAGAACAAAAGCCUUAAAUCUGUCUCAAAACUUUAUACUUGAGCUUCAGGUGUCUGAUGUCAGCUUUCUGCCAGAGCUGAGGGCUCUGAGACUCUCCCAUAACAGAAUCCAGAGACUUGAUUUUGGUGUGUUCAAGUUCAACCCAGAUUUAGAGUACCUGGAUGUCUCCCACAACCAGUUGCGGAACAUCUCUUGCUGUCCUGUGCUGAGCUUGAAGCAUUUAGACCUCUCAUCUAAUGCCUUUGACGUGCUGCCUGUGUAUAAAGAGUUUGGCAACUUGACGAAGCUGAGUUUCUUGGGAUUAAGUGCCACAAAGUUCCGACACCUGGAUCUGCUGCCAAUUGCUCACUUGCACCUAAACUACGUUCUUCUGGACUUAGUGGGCUAUCAUGUAAAAGAUGGCGAGAGAGAAAGUCUUCAGGUUCUGAACACCAGUGCUCUCCACUUGGUCUUUCAUCCAAAUAGCUUGUUCUCUGUGGAAGUGAACAUAUCUGUGAAUGCCUUAGGAUGUUUACAACUGAGCAAUAUUAAAUUGAAUGAUGGAAACUGUCAAACGUUAAUUACAUUUUUAUUAGAACUCACCAGAGGUCCAACCUUAUUAAAUCUGACUCUCCACCACAUGGAAACAACCUGGAAAUGUUUGGUUCAACUUUUCCAAUUCCUUUGGCCCCGACCGGUGGAGUACCUCAACAUUUACAACUUAACGAUAGUUGAAAGAAUCAAUAAUGAAAUUUUUGUUUACUCAGAGACUGUACUGAAGGCAUUGACUAUCGAGCAUGUGACAACCCAGGUGUUCAUCUUUUCAAAGGACGCAUUGUACUCUUUGUUUGCUAAGAUGAACAUCGAGAUGCUGACCAUCUCAGACACACCGUUCAUCCACAUGCUCUGCCCUCCAUUCCCAAGCACAUUUGUGUUUCUGAACUUCAGCCAGAAUGUUUUCACUGACAGUGUUUUUCAAGGCUGUUCCACCUUAAAGAGAUUGGAGACACUUAUCUUACAAAAGAACGGCUUGAAGAACCUUUUCAAGGUAGGUCUCAUGACUAAGAAUAUGUCCUCUCUAGAAACUCUGGACGUUAGUCUGAAUUCCUUGGACUCUCGUGCACAUGAAGGAACAUGCACUUGGGCUGAGAGCAUAUUGGUGCUAAAUUUGUCUUCGAAUGUACUUACUGAUUCUGUCUUCAGAUGCUUGCCUCCGAAGGUCAAGGACCUUGACCUUCAUAACAACAGAAUAAUGAACAUCCCUCAAAAAAUUAUUAAACUAGAAGCUUUGCAGGAACUCAACGUUGCAUCCAAUUCUUUAAUGGACCUUCCUGGAUGCGGGGCCUUCAGCAGCCUCUCUGUGCUGGUCAUUGAGCAUAAUUUAGUUUCCCAACCUUCAUCAGAUUUCUUCCAGAGCUGUCAGAAUAUUAGGUCCAUAACAGCAGGGAACAACCCAUUCCAAUGUACAUGUGAGCUGAGAGAAUUUGUCAAAAACAUAGGCCAAGUGUCAGGAGAAGUGGUAGAGGGCUGGCCUGAUUUGUACACGUGUGACUCCCCAGCAAGCGCUAGGGGGACCCCACUGCAGGACUUCCACAUGUCUCCAUUGUCCUGCAAUACUGUUCUGCUGAUUGUCACCAUCGGGGUCACUUUGCUGGUGUUGGCUGCCAUCGUGGCUUUCCUCUGCCUCUGCUUUGAUCUGCCCUGGUAUCUGAGGAUGGUGUUUCAGUGGACACAGACCCGGCACAGGGCCAGGAACACCCCUGUAGAGGAACUCCAGAGGGAUUUCCAGUUUCACGCUUUUGUCUCAUACAGUGAGCAUGAUUCUGCCUGGGUGAAGAAUGAAUUACUCCCAAACCUAGAGAAAGAUGGCAUACAGGUUUGCCUCCAUGAGAGAAACUUUGUCCCUGGCAAGAGCAUUGUGGAGAAUAUCAUCCAUUUCAUCGAGAAGAGUUACAAGUCCAUUUUCGUGUUGUCUCCUCACUUCAUCCAGAGUGAGUGGUGCCAUUAUGAACUCUACUUUGCACACCACAAUCUCUUCCAUGAAGGGUCUGACAACUUAAUCCUGAUCUUGCUGGAGCCCAUCAUCCAGGACAACAUUCCCAGCAGGUACCACAAGCUGCGGGCUCUCAUGGCACAGCGCACUUACUUGGAGUGGCCUACAGAGAAGAGCAAACAUGGGCUCUUUUGGGCCAACCUUAGAGCUUCUUUUAUUCCAAAGUUAAUGUUAGUCAACGAAAAAGAUGCAAAGACGUGAAGCUUGGAGUUCCCACUUAAUAAUCUGUCAACUUGGACUCUGAUGAGCACUGUGGUUUUAAGUCCAUAUCUGGAGGUACUUCUUAUAUGGUAUCCUAGUUUGGUUUCUGUGACCGUGAUAAACAACGUGACCAAAAGCGUCCUGAGGAAGAAAGGACUCUUUUGGUUUAUGGUUGUGGUCUCCCAUGAAGGGAAGUCGGGGCAGGAACUCAGAGCAGGAAUCUGGAGACAGGAACUGAAGCAGAGACUGUGGAAGAAUGCUGCUUUCAACCUUGCUCUCCACACCUUGUUCACUGUGCUUUCUUAUAGCACUGAGGAGCACCUGCUCAGGGGUGGCACCACCCACAGUGGGCUGCACCCUCCCACAUCAAUAUUAAUCAAGAAAGGGCCCCCCAAGCUUGCCUGCAGCCUGAGAUAUCUUCUCAAUUGUUCUUUCUUCCCAAAUGUGACCCUAGCUUGUGACAAGUGUACAAAACAGAACAAAAACUAACACCUAUGGUUUGGAGAUAAAAUGUCCCCAAAGGCUUCUGCUUGGAGGCCUUGGGGGAAAAUCUAAUAGUGCUAUUUGUAAGUAGUUUAUGAUUAAGUACUAACUUAAUCAAUGGACUUACCCACUGCUGAGUUCCCACAGGAAUGGAUAAUUAGGAUUGAAGCCAUUAGGAAGUGGGUCAUUAGGUUCAUGCCUUUGAAGGUUAUGUUUUCUUCAAGACUCAUUUUUCUUACUGUUCUUUAGUCAGUGUCUGAGCAUAUGUAGUUCAGAUAGUCCCUGAGCUCAGAGUGACCCUUCUGCCUCAGCCUCCCAAGUGCUGGCAUGACAGGGAUGAACCACCACAAUUAGCUUUCAAGUGUGCUCUCUCUCUCCCCCACCCCCUUCUCUCUGCUUCCUCAUCACCAGAAGGUGAACCACCCCUCCAUCACGAGCCCCCACUGCUAUGAUACUCUGCAUGCCCACAGGUCCUCAAGCCUCAGGUGAACCUGGAGGGAAGCCAUGAGCACUUUCUCCUUUGUUUAUGCAAGAUCUUCAGUCACAGUGGCACAAAGCUGACAGACCUGGCUUCUGUCUCCUUCACUUCUUUGACAGAGAGCAGAUGAAAGCAUUGAUGCUGCUGAGCUAUGGGAUGAAGCUGAGGGAUGGGUGUAGCGCUCAUUUUGUUAGUCAGAGGAAGCUCAGUUUCAUUUGGCUUAGCUGUCUGCUCUCAUAUUGACACAACCCUUUUUUUUUUGGUUUUUCAAGACAGGGUUUCUCUGAGUAGC